UCUCUAUAUCUCUCCUUGUCUUUCUCAGUGGAAGGGUUUGGUUAGUAUCGAAAAAUUAAGGGUUAGGGUUCUGGUUCAUCCAUGGCUUCUUCUUCUUCUGAGCCUGGAUUGAAGGUUGAAGGUGGAGGAGGAAGUGGAAGUGGAGGAGGAGGAAGUGGAAGUGGAGGGGGAGAAGCUUCAGAUGCAGUUUUAGCGAACGAUCAGCUUUUACUCUAUCGAGGACUGAAGAAAGCUAAGAAGGAAAGAGGGUGUACUGCCAAGGAGAGGAUCAGCAAAAUGCCGCCUUGUGCUGCGGGAAAGAGGAGCUCAAUUUACAGAGGAGUUACCCGGCAUAGAUGGACGGGACGCUAUGAAGCACAUCUUUGGGACAAAACUACCUGGAACCAAAACCAGAAUAAGAAGGGAAAGCAAGUUUACUUGGGUGCAUAUGAUGAGGAAGAGGCUGCAGCUAGAGCAUAUGAUCUUGCUGCUCUAAAAUAUUGGGGCCCUGGGACACUAAUUAAUUUUCCAGUCAGUGACUAUUCAAGAGAUCUUGAAGAGAUGCAAAAUGUGUCGAGAGAAGAAUACCUUGCCUCUCUUAGAAGAAAAAGUAGUGGUUUUUCAAGAGGGAUGUCUAAAUAUCGUGCACUCUCCAGGCCAUCACAAAGUAAUCUAUGGGAGCCAUCCUUUGGUCGUAUGACUGGCCCCGAGUACUUUAACAGCAAACAGUAUGGUGCCAGUGAGGAUGCGGCAAUAGAAAGUGAAUACACAGGUGGUUUUUGUAUUGAGAGGAAAAUUGAUCUAACAAAUUACAUCAAGUGGUGGGGACCCAAAAAGAUACGUCGAACAGAUGCUCCCACUAAAUCAUCAGAAGAAGCUAAACAGAGAGGUUCAGAAGAUGUUGGUAGUGAGCUUAAAACACUAGAGUGGGCCAUACAGUCCACUGAGCCAUACCAGAUGCCUCAGUUGGGACUCUCCCAUGAAGGCAAAAAGAAAAAAGGUUCACCAGUGUCAGCAUUGAGCAUCUUGUCACGGUCUCCUGCAUACAAGAGUUUGCAAGAGAAAGCGUUAAAAAAGAAGGAUAAAGAAGAGAACGAUGAGAAUGAAAACAAUAUCUCUACGACCAUUAGAACUACCGCAGCCACCAACAACGACGACGACAACAGCAACAACAAAAACAAGAAGAUAGACUAUGGCAAGGCAGUUGAGAAAUCAGCAAGUGGUGAUGGUGGUAGUGAUAGAGUGGAAGUUCCAUUAGGCAUGAGUGCAAUGCCUCAUCCUAGGACAUUGUAUCCGUUGGCACCAUUCUUGUCAGCACCGCUUGUGACCAACUACAAUUCCAUUGAUCCCUUAGCAGAUUCUAUUCUGUGGAGUUCUUUAGUUCCCGUCUUUCCAACCGGACUUCCUCGCACUACAGAGGUUACAAAGACUGAGACUAGUUCAACAUAUACUUUCUUUCAUCAGGAGGAAUGAAGAUGCUAAAAUUCUCCAUAAAGUUACUACAUGCAUGUAGAAAAUAUAUUGUUUGAGAAGUUUUGUUGAUGCUUUUGAAGCUUUCAGUUGUAUUUAAUAGAGCUGUAAAAAGGAAAAAGAAAGUUUGUGAAUUUUGUGUUGGGAAUAGCGUUGACAUUCUCCUCCGUGCUAAUAAUAGUAUAAAGUUGUGUUCAAACAAUGCAUUUGUUGGGGAUGUUCAUAGGAAAAGAAUGUAUGAAAGAUAGUCGAUCUGUGAGAACGUAUGUUUAGUAGCUUUAAAUAUCUGGAUUCUAGAGAAAUGAGAGUUCCAUUGAUCAGCUAUUGCUUAAAGGACAUUUUUU